UCGAAAUAAAUGAACAUGCUUUUAAAAGCUUUUAUAAAAACCAACUAAUGGACAAUAAAUCUUAAGUGUAUCAUCCGAAUUAACAAUGUGAACUUACAGAGUAACAAAUGAAACAAAAAUGUCGCACAACCUAACUCGUUAAUCAUUUACAAAAUUUCUUAUUUUUGUAAAAUAUAAAAUUAGACUGUUUUAAAUUAUAUGCUUAAUUAUCGAUGAUGAGCAAAUAAUGUUAGUGAUUUACGUCUCGCUCGUGUUUUCCUUCGCGAUUCCUAAAAAUAGCUCAAGCCAGCUUGAGAGGAUAAAUGUGUUCAAGAUCGGGGAGAUUUUCAGCUUUUUUUGAGACAUAAGUUUUAAGUUAGAUUCGGACACGAAGAGUGGUUUUUGGUGACUUUUUAUGGAAUGUUGUGGACAUAGUGCAAAACUUUAAUUGGGUUGUUUUUCAUGUUUUUAUUAUGAUAGGGGCCCAACGUGCGUGAUGGCGACGGAGCCAAAUGGCUCGCAAGAACAGAAUACCACAAUUCAGCCCUCUCUUUAUCCAACACUUAAUCCUGUGCAAAGAAGAGAACUGGAAAAAGACUUUUAUGAGACGUAUGACGUUAUGACCGGUGUUCGUAUUGCUGCAACAUUAGGUGGUUUCUUUGGUUUGAUGGUGAUUCUUGUUUUAUACAAAUCUAAGUCAAAGACUGAAAGAGCUUUGGAAGAUCCUGAUUUCACAGCGGCGGCAGUUGCCGAAGUGGAAGAAGAAGAAAGACAGCUUGCUGCUGUGUUAGAAGCCACUGCUUAUCAACAACUAAAUUCGAGAAAAGGACGAAGGUCGUUGGAUACAAGUAGCAUCCCUCCAGGCUGGAUUAAAAGCACAGCGAGGUUUUCAUCUGUUGGAGGAUACAGCAGUUUAAUGGAGCCUCCCACAAGAACUCAUUCGCGACUGCCCUGUUUUAUUGAUGAAGAUUCUCCUCCCGAAGAGGAUCAGUCGCUGUACGACGACGUCUGCUACAAUGGAAAACUGGACGUUCCCCGAAGACCCAGCAAUAUAACAUGCUCCUCUUCAGGCAGUUCGUAUUUGGAGCGUCGUGAUUCCGCCGUCGCAAUCGGCCUUCCAGUGUUGCCGGGGCACAAGUCGAAGAAUCGCCGCCGCCAAUCAUCACCUCUUCUCGAAAUUUACGACUUUUAUUAUCCAAUCGACAUCAAAGUUAUCCAACCAACGCCCGGGGGAUCCCCGUGUGGGAGUGAUCGAGCUUUGUACGAUCACGUAACAGAUCCGCCAAAUUUAAUCCCACGUCUUGCACCAUUAGCGUCUAUAAGUAGUUGUAAUAGUUCUUUUGGUGCUGAUUACACAGACUUGGAUGUCGUGUCUUAUACAUGUGAUUCCGUUUUUCAAGAAGAAAGAGAUAGUACUGAUGAUGAAGUUGACCAGUUUUCGACCGAUAGCGAUUUAACUGAUGCGGGGGCUUGUUAUAAUCGACGAAAAAAGAAAAAUUGUAUUUGUGAUUCUUCGGGGGCUACGCCAGUUAACGAAGGACCGUCUUGUGUUUCGCCAAAAAUUAGCAUUAAGUCUUCGUCUAAGUCUUCGGUGACGGUGAUCGAAACUGUUGAACAGCCCGAAAGCAUCCAAAAAUCAUCGACAUCGUCUUCAAUCAAUGUUGAAGAACCAAGAGCACAAGAGACUCUCUUUUAGAUUUUGGUUUUUUAUAUACAAAUGUUGCGAAUCAGAAAUUGACACAAGGACUAAAUAUCAGUCAUAAGUGCUAGGGCACUAGGUGACACUCAAUGUUGUUAUCAAUAAUAUCUCUAUUGUGUUAACAGGAGUAGCAAACUAGACUAAUAGUACGGAAAAGUGUAAACAGUUUCAGGAAGUUUUUUUUAGAAAAAAUUGUUUGAUUUUUUCCAUUGUUAAAAAGAAUUUUUUUAAGCGUGAAUAAGAUUAAUGUAUCGCAAGAAGAAGUACUAUUUUUACACACUGUAACAUAAAACUAGAAACUACUUUUUAUGUUUAUUCAGUAGUUAAAUACAUAAAAUCAACAAAACUGUUAGAAAUGUCUUACAAUGUGUAUUUAGCGUAUUUUCCGUUAUUUUUACGUUACAAAUAAAAUCGAUUAAAUUUAAUUUGUAAACUAAAUGUGAUUAAAUAAAAAGUUAAGAGAUGGAUUUGACAACGAUUCGAACCUUCCCAUAACAACUUAAGUGGAGAAAUUAAUCAAUAAAAAAACUAUAAACUUUUUUAUAAUGGCUUGUGAUGAAACAGGGUGAGUGUUAAUUGUGUUUUACGGUUGUCAUUUUUUUUUCAUUUACAGGAAUUCCGGUGAAAGGACAAUUUUCUUUGAAUUAGUUACAUUUUCCACAAAUGAAUAAAUAGGAUUUAGUAUUUUAAAUAAAAUCAACGAAUUUAUUUCUACACAAAAAUAUGUAUUUUUAUAUUUAAUUUUUUUCUAAUAACUCAUUCUGAAACCUGGUGGAACCCAACUUCUCCGAAUUUAUAAUCACAUUUAAAUCGUGUGAUCGCAAUUAAUGUAUGUGAAACAUAUCGUAUAAGUCGUAGAUUGUUUCUGGGAGGUAAACGAAGACGGUGUUUGUGUUUGAAAAAAACUGAGGUGUAUUCUUGAUUGCUAAAUGUCAGGGUCUCGAUGUGUCAAACAUAGUUUUUAUACAUAGUUAGAAAAAUUGUAUUAUCUUAAAAAAUGUUACGUUGUUAAAAAAUUUGUACUAAUAAUAUUUCGACGGAAAAACAUUACUUUUGAAAAUGUACCUAGAGUAAUAGUAUAAUAUGAUUAAUAUGUCAUAAUGAGCUGUAUGAUUUCCUCUAUGUUGAGGCAACUGUCCCAACAGGAAUCAUGUUAAAAGAAUAUGGAAUGAAUUCUCUGUAAUGGGAAAUCUUACAACCCGAUUUAUUUGGAGUUAGAAUAUUAAAGAAAUUUUAUAUUUUUACAUAAAAUAUACUUUUUAUAGGCUUUUAUGUUAGUAAAAUGCUUUUCAGAGAUUAAUUGUAUAUGUUGUUCUGUUUAUAUAGUGGUAAAAAAUAAAUGUAAUGUUUAUUGAA